UUUAUGGUUCAUUGAACAAGCAUGAGAAACAGUGUUUAAAUGAACAAUGAACAAUGAAGAUCUGUGAAGUUAUUUGGAUUUUUACGAAUUCUUUGACAAGGGUCCUGAAAAAGUUUAUAGGUGCCAGGUGCGUCAAGAACUGCAAUGCUGCUGAAUUUUUCAUGCUCAACAGUUUCUCAUGUGUAUUAAAAAUGGUCCACCACCCAAAGGACAUCCAGCCAACUUGACACAACUGUAGGAAGCAUUGGAGUCAAAAUGGGCCCUGAUAUACUCAAUGUAUAUCGUAACGCCAUACUUUGAUAGGCUUGUUUUACUCCAACAUUGUGGUCGGAAACUCCUGGUUUGCAGGCCACAUCAGACAAGUCCUAUUAUGCUGGCUUGCAAAGUGAAAUGUAAUUCCUAUUGGAUUUCAACCAGAGUUAGGAUAUCCAAAAAUGGGAAAGAACCAAAGGGAGAGACAGAUAUAGGGGAGGUAAUCAGGAAAGUGAUGGAGUCCAGGUGAGUCUCAGGCGCUCAUAAAGAUGGUGGCAGGUGUGGGUAAUAAUGAGUAAACUGGCAACAUCGAGCGCCGGUGAGCGGGAAUAAACAUAACAGCAGCCUGCAUUUAGAAUGACUGCCAAGGUAGGGAAAAUGUAUAAAUGAGACUACCUAAACACGUUAAACAGGAUGAACUACUUUCAUAUUGGGUUAGUUAAUUUUAUGUAGCGUAAGAUCAGUCAAUGUGCAUGCAAAAACACAACAUUCUAAAAAUCAACCUGCAAUAGAGCAUGCUGGGACAUAUGAUAAUGAUCAAUUUGUUUUUUGUGUGUGUUAUGAUUGUACAGAAAUGUACCAUUAUACUAGAUUAUUCGCAUAUGUAGGCCUACCCUAAAAGGUACCAAACAGUACAAGAUUAUAUGUGUAUCUCUGAAGGUACAUUGUGUAUUCUGAUCUAUUUGUACCUCAAGGAACAAUACUGUACCCUAACCAUAGCCUUUUUUUUCUGAGAGUGUAUGACUACAAGGGUAAGAGAAGAAAAGAAACAGUCUCUGUGCGUAGAAGGGGCUGUGAUUAGAACAGUGAAUCAUGUUGUCUGUGAUAGGAUGAACAACCCAUUAGAACAAGAAAAUGGUGUUAGUCAGACAUAUAGAAUCUGAGGAUGCUGACUGGCCUCUGAUUGCUAUUGGAGAGUAAACAUUUGUUAGGGCCCUCUGAACAAGCAGAGAUAGGCCCUAGAUACAUUGACAGAAUCCCCGAAUUGUGUCUAUGACGAUGGGGCCAUUACAUCAAAACCAUUUAGACUGAGACUGGGUGACAUGAUAAUGUAUCGAUCCCGUCAUGAUGGAUGGUUGAGGAAGAUAUAAAAGUGAAGUUCCUAGUCAGGGUAAGAUAGUACAGUCCAGAGCCACCUAAGCUAUUGUCAUCAUGCUGUCCUUAGCACUGUUCUACAUUUUGGCUGUUAUUUGCUCUGCCAGACGGACGCAUGCUCUACCACUGUAUCCAGACACAAGCUUGGAACCUCAAGAAGAGCUGAUCCAGAAGUUGGUGGCGGAGGUGGAGGAUGGAGAGAACGCUGAGCUGACUGACCAGAGAGAGGUGAAGAAUCUCUACCCUCUCCUGAUGCAGCGCAGUGGCGCCAGGGGUACAUGGAAUAAAGCAGGAGCUAAAGAUUCUGUGCAGCAGGAUACAUUUGUCAACAUGGUUGAUGAUCUGAAGGCGGUGGUGUUGAAGCUCGCUGCAGCCGACAAGCUUCGCUCUCAGGGCUUCCUUCGGUCUGAGCAGAAUUUGCCGAAAACCAACAAGAGAGCUUGCUUCUGGAAAUACUGUGUGACAAACUAGAAGCUGUGUGCUGGAGGAGAAUAAGAUAAUUUUUGACGAUACCUGGACAAGAACACCUUCUCACCACCCUCACCCCAAGCUGUGUCCCUUAUUAAAUAUUCAAAUUACAGCCCCAAGACAAUGGGUACAUUGUUCAUACAUAGAAACCUAGAGUAAAUGAUUGGUAGGAAAUAUAUUUUUUCAUCCAGUUGAAAAUUACCUUGCAUUGAGGCUGGCUGACAAUAAAAUGAAAUAU